AAUAAAAAAAAACCCAUGCAUGUGAUUUGAGUCAAACAUUCGUCUAUUUCCUCCAUUUCAUUUGUAUACUCAAUUUUCAUCGUCAACUAAUAAGAGUAAUAAACGAGAGGAUAUUUGAUAACAGCGCCUAUAUUUGAGGGCGCCUAAAAUUCUAGGUGUUUUUUUUAUUGGAUGCACUAGAGUUUUCAGUUGGCUUACAUCAGUGAAGCGCUACUAGUAUCAGGAUGGGAACUUGUGAUAUGUCUUUACAUUUUCUUUGCGGUGCGGCAACUACCCAGUCUGGCUUAUUUGCAAGCACUUCAAAAUUGACGGCUCCCUUGGAAUCUCAUGUGAAAUCUAGGAAGAAAAGAAGUUCAGUUCACUUGAAGUAUCAGAUAUAUGCAAGACCACCCUCAAAUUGCUUGCAUGUAAAUAAGUUACCCAUUAAUGCUUGUUAUUACGGGACUAAAUUAAGAAACAGAUCUCGACAGCUUAAAUGUCAAUGCCAACGAGUUGAGGGGAUCACGGGUAUAAAAGGUGAGGAUAAUGGCAAUGGGUCCUGGCUCAAGGAAGCGGCUACUGACAAUGGCCAGGUUCAGAAUGAGGAGUUGCAUCAGUCAAUGAAUGGGAAUGGGAACCUCAUUUCGAGUGAUGAUAAAUCUCUCCUCUCUGGAUCGGCUACACCAACAUCACAUAAGAAGAAAGGAUCCUCUGUGGAAGAUGAGGCAUGGCGUCUUUUACAGGAAUCAAUGGUUUAUUAUUGUGGUAGUCCUGUUGGAACAAUUGCUGCCAAGGACCCGACUGAUGGUAAUGUCCUGAACUAUGAUCAUGUCUUCAUUCGGGACUUUAUACCAUCAGGUAUUGCAUUUCUGUUGAAGGGAGAGUAUGAUAUUGUUCGGAACUUCAUCCUUCACACUCUUCAGCUGCAGAGUUGGGAGAAAACCAUGGACUGUCAUAGUCCAGGUCAAGGGCUGAUGCCUGCCAGCUUUAAGGUGCGGACGGUUCCUCUUGAUGGUGAUGAUUCUGCAACUGAGGAGGUAUUGGAUCCUGACUUUGGAGAAGCUGCAAUAGGCCGUGUAGCACCAGUUGAUUCAGGUUUAUGGUGGAUUAUAUUGCUAAGAGCAUAUGGAAAAUGCUCAGGCGAUCUCUCAGUUCAAGAGAGGAUUGAUGUCCAGACUGGGAUUAAGAUGAUCUUAAGGCUUUGCCUUGCUGAUGGUUUUGAUAUGUUCCCUACAUUACUAGUGACUGAUGGUUCAUGCAUGAUAGAUCGUCGCAUGGGAAUUCAUGGGCAUCCUCUUGAAAUUCAGGCGCUCUUUUAUUCAGCACUUUUGUGUGCGCGUGAGAUGCUUGCACAUGAGGAUGGAUCUGCUGACCAGGACCUUAUCCGAGCAUUAAAUAACCGACUGUUAGCCUUAUCUUUCCAUAUAAGGGAAUAUUAUUGGGUGGACAUGAAAAAGCUCAAUGAGGUUUACCGCUACAAAACCGAGGAAUAUUCUUAUGACGCUGUUAAUAAGUUCAACAUCUACCCGGACCAAAUUUCUCCAUGGCUUGUGGAGUGGAUGCCUGAUAAAGGAGGCUACUUCAUUGGAAAUCUGCAGCCUGCUCACAUGGACUUCCGUUUCUUUUCUCUAGGAAACCUGUGGUCUAUAGUAAACAGUUUGGCAACUACACAUCAGUCUCAUGCAAUUUUAGAUCUUAUAGAGGCUAAAUGGUCUGAUCUAGUGGCUGAUAUGCCUUUAAAGAUAUGUUACCCUGCUCUUGAAGGUCAAGAGUGGCGAAUCAUUACAGGCAGUGAUCCUAAAAAUACGUAA